CUACUUCCACAGCCCCCUCACCGGAAUACGAGAUCUUGGCGGCCCAAAGCAUACCAAGAUCGGCCACAGACGUCACACACAGUCCGCUUUCGUUUUCUAGAACCAAAAACUCAUCACCAGAUCUUAACCCACACGAGACGAGCCGACCACAUUUUAUCAUACCAAUACUGCAAUAUACAAGAGGAUCAUUUUCAUAUAAAUGUUUUUGAUCUCCCCGUUGUAUCUAAAUAGAUUUAGAGAACAUCAUCAAAUAUACAUAUUGAAACACAUCUUAUCAACACUGCUUAUAUCCAUUUAAUCGACCACUCAUACGACUUGAACAUAUUUACCCGUUUAUAUCUACCACAUAUCGUCUCUAAUCUAAUAACGAUCAUAAUCGAUAAACGACAAUGUUCAACUUCAUCUCAACCCUCGUCACUCUUCUGCCUCUGGCAAUUGCAGCGCCAGUAGGCCUCAACACCCGCGACAGCAAUCCCGGAUGUCAAGCCUCUUCUUUCGGCAACUUCGCAUGGCAAGUUGAGAACUUCGACUACCACGCCAGCUACAUCUUCACCACACCUGCGCACCAAAAUUCGUGGGGAUAUGUCAACUUCAACCUGACCAACCCGGCUCUCGAGUACCAGGCGGUCUGCAGCGCCAUGAGCAACCAAUUAAGCGACUUCUUCUACGGCACAAUGGCUUACAACUGCACCGUUCCGGACGGCUCCACCACAAAGACCACAUUCGACUUCAGCCGGCCAAGCGGGGUCUUGAACGUCAACCAAACUUGGACUUGCAGCGACGAAGACCCACAAUACCCUACAACGAUUAAUGCCUAUGGCACUGCCAAUCUGACUCUGGCUUGCACAGAUGAGACUCACCUCAACCCCAACUGGACACUCGGCCAGAUCUACUCCGACCGGGAGGUCAAGUGCACGCCGGUGACAAUCCCGUUGAAGCCUUACAAGAUGACAGCGGUUGCUUAAAUCAUCUUUUAAUAUCGCAUUGUUUUGGUUAUGAUGGUGUUGUUACGAAAGGUAUUGGGUUAGGAACUUGGGAUACGAUCACGACAUUAUGAUAUCAUGUUAUCAUAGACAUAUACAUAUAAUGGCGACAUGCCACGGAGACGAAGAUAAAAGCAUACAUAUUGUAAUAAGAAUAUAAUCACAUAUUUUUCUUACA